CUCGUAGCGUGAAGGUGCUGCUGGUGAAAUCGCGCGCGUUCACCACCGAAAAUAAGAAGAAAAGACAGGAAGAUUUUUUAUAACACUUUCUGCUUUCUGAAAAUAUACAUAUUUACGGUAGUACUUUAGUGACUUGUGGUGAACGAAGUGCGAGCAUUUAUUUAGAAGUUCGUGUGAAUAAUUACAUAAAAAGUGGAAAGAAAGAAAAUCUAAAGAAAAAUUAUUUAAGAGAUUCAAGAAGUGCUGAAAAUCUUUAAGUUUUUGGUGCGAAUUCACACGGUAUGCCAAGUGAAAAAUGGCUUUUGUGAAAAUCAGUCGCACUCGAGGUAAUGCCAUUUACCGCAACGUUCGGAGCAAGAUCCGCCAAGGAUGUCAACGCGAACAUUUGUGCAAAUGAGUUAAAGUGCCGCAAUUUGCUGUUGGCCCAUUAUAAUAUAAGUACUUAUAUAAGAGCACAGUGGCCACAAGCGCAGUGUCGCGAACGGCACCCCGUGCGGUACUCGUAACGUAAUUUAAAAGUUAGUGUCGCAGGCGCCCGUUGCCCCAGUUCAGUUAGCGCGGCGAGGCAAUUGACGCCAACAACGCUUGUCGGUUCGCAUUGUUGUGGUUACUAUGCACGUUACACAUGCUGCAAGGGAUGGGUGUCAAACUUUAAGCAACAACAGCAGCAUCGACAGCAGCAUCAACAGCGACAACACGCGCAAAAAUAGCGCGAACAAUCAUCUAAGCAGUCAACUGAAGAAUAACAACGAUAGUUGUUGUAAAAAUAGCAGCACAAACGACAUUAAUAAACGCUGCAACACGACGAGUGACGGCUGCAAUACACAACAUCCGGCGGGCAUUCUGCGCCACAGCUGUCACAUACACAAUCGCCCGCGGAACGACAAUCACCCACACUUUGCGAUUGAUAACCUAGAAAAGCAUCGAUUUUUCGACGCUGACGUCGACGUCGACGCUGUGCACAGCAACGGCAUUUGACGCACGCGACAAGUAAUAGACAGUUGCCGGAGCCGUGAGAGCGGAGUCGACGGUGUUGCCAGGAAUAGCGCCGAGGCAAACGUGCUGUUAAAGAGGUGUGAACUGCAACAGCAACUGGAAAAUUGUGUAAUAGCAGGUUCGCAAAAGUCGCCACUCUUAACACCCAUAUCGCCCGUGCACCUCUCAUCCUGUUUCUCCUCCACUUCCCAUAGUUCCCCUUCGACGUCUUGCAGCCAAUGCACUAUCGUCUUUAAGGCACUGCCACCUCCGCCGUUGUCAGCAUCGACGCAUUCCGUAGCAUUAGGACGUACAUCGUCGCCCCCGCCAGUACCGCCACUUCGUUCAUCGUCGUUGUCGCAGUGUUGUUCGUCGCCAACACAGUGGCAACCGUAUCCGCACAAUUUCUCACUGACGCUGGCAGUGUCGCCAGUCGGAAGUCAUGUUAGCUGCAACAGCAGUUGCCCACGGCUCGCAACGACAUCAACAGGAACGACAAAGGCGUCCACGCAUAAGAGGGCGCCGUCGUUGCUCUACAUCAAGCAAGCAGGCACCAAUAGAACUUGCAGAUUCUGCGACACAACCGACGAGUACGACGACCAAGACCAAGAAGAAGUUAACAGUUCUAAUAACAGCAUAAUGGUCUUGAGUACAGAAUGGUCUCAGGUGGAAGUUAUCGAUCUGGUAAAUGAUGGUAAUGGCUUGGGCUUCAUAUUGGUCGGUGGACGCAGCACUGGUGUUGUAAUAAAGGCGUUGACGCCCGGCGGCAUUGCGGAACGUGAUGGUCGUUUGCAAUGUGGUGAUCAUUUGUUGCAAAUUGGCGAUGUGAACUUGCGUGGCUUCAGUUCCGAGCAAGUAGCAACGGUUCUUCGUCAGACUGGAGCUCAGGUUCGACUGAUUGUAGCGAGGCCGGUGGAGCCGACAGCCAUCGAUUUACAAACGUUGGCCAGUCAUGCGCCAAUUAUUCCAACUAAGCUCCUCUCCGACCCAGAAGAACUGUCACGGCAUCUCUUUCAAAAUCCCAGCUUUGCUACUAGUGCUACAGGCGUUGGAGUUGGCGGCGGCAGCGGCAUGGGCGGCAGCUGCUUCCUGCCAACGCCGGACACUGAACUAGCCGAUUUGCCACUGCCACCCAUACCAACUGAUUUACCAUUAUCUGCAUCCGCAGCGGCGCGCGCAUGUCCCAAGGACUUGGACAUCGUACCAUUCUCGAUUGUAUCACCGUCACCGCCACCCCUUUUGCCUCUACUAUCCCCGCCAACCACAAUAGCAACGACACUCGGCACAUCGGUUACAUUGAGCUCAUUACACCAGCAGCAAUUUGACAUUACCACCACCAACACAAGCAGCACCAUCAUAAAUUACUCAAAAACCACUCAGUUGGAACAAAUUGAGACUGUGAUAGCUGGCGUAGAUGCCGGCACCUCAACGAAUGCACCGGAUGCAGCGCAUAUUGACGCCGAUCGCUGCUCCACGGCUUCAUCGAAUUACAUCGAUUCACCCGAGACAGAAACGUAUGAGGUAGAGUUGCAUAAGAAUGUCUACGGUCUGGGCAUAACUGUAGCCGGUUAUGUUUGUGAAGAGGAGGACCUUUCGGGUAUAUUUGUGAAAAGUAUCAUAGAAGGCAGUGCCGCAGAGGUGAGUGAGCGCAUACAGAUCAACGAUCGUAUCGUUGCUGUAGACGGCCGUUCACUUGCGGGCGUUACCAAUCAUCAAGCGGUGGAGAUACUCCGCAAUACUGACAUCGAAGUCCACCUGACACUGGAACGCUUCUUGCGUGGACGCAAGUAUGAACAUUUGCAAAAUGCACUCACGGAAUUGAAAGGAGACACGCAAUCACAGAGUUCACUGCCUGCAUCACCUUCGAUUGCAACACUUUCUUGGCUGCCACCACGUUCCGAUGCCGAUUCUGUGGCCACAGAAGGCGGUAUUGUUAUGCUGGAGUUUUCCGACUUCCCAUCACGUGAAACUGUCGACUCUAAUAUGUCUUACAUGCUCGAUCGCAGCGAUCACAGUGGCAUCAGCAGUGCCAAACGGCAAAAGACGCCCACAACGCCCACGGCAAAACAUAUAGCCAACGGCAAAGCAACGCAUAUCAAUGGAAGCAAUGACAAUGACAGUGAUGAUCACGACUCAGCAACGCUGGCGGUUCAAAUGCAGUCUACCGAAUGGCAGACGCCUGCAAUACCGGAGCCAUCGGUGAAACAGCCAAUUGAUGUUCGUAAGAAAUCUGUAAGCUCAAUGACUGCAACAACUGCAGCGGUGCCGGCAGCAAAAACGGCGGUGACGGUGACUACAACAUUAACAGUGCCUGCGGUGGCAGCAACGACAACGAUAACGGCAACAACGUUAGCCGCCAAGCCCGCCGCUUCAACCCUAGCCCCGCCCAAUGUGGAGACGCUGAAGCUGACCUGGAAAAGUGAGUUUCCUGAAAGUGAAAUUAUUGUAGCCGAAAUAAAUAAACUUUCAGGUCUAGGGAUCAGCCUGGAGGGCACCGUGGAUGUCGAAGGCGGCAUUGAAAAGCGUCCACAUCAUUACAUACGCUCUAUCCUGGAAGAUGGGCCUGUGGGGCGACAAGGCAUACUCAAACCGGGUGACGAGCUACUACAAGUAAACGAAUAUAAAUUGCAAGGCCUUAAGCACACUGAAGUAGUCAAAAUACUGAAAGAACUGCCAACACACGUAAAGCUGGUAUGUGCGCGUGGUCCCACCGCACCAUCCGUUAUAAACACAUCGCAAAAUCCAGAGGCUUUCGAAACACGCUCUCUACUACCAGGUGGUCAUCAGAGCCUGCAAAAUCUGCUGACCAAAGCACAAUCGGAGAGUUCUCUAUACACAUCGAGCACUGCCACGCUGACCGACCAGCAACGUUCCAAAUCAUUGGAGAACGUUUCGGGUUUGGCGCUUUGGAGCAGCGACGUCACUACCAUCGAAAUCGAAAAAACCGAACAAGGGUUCGGUUUCUCUAUACUUGACUACCAGGAUCCAAUGGAUGCCGAAGGUACUGUAAUUGUGAUACGUGGUCUGAUACGUGGUGGCGCAGCAGAAGCGACCAAUGAGAUAUUUCCCGGAGAUCGAUUGGUCAGCGUCGGCGAACACACACUGCACGGACUCGAUUUGGACGAGGCAGUGGCGAUACUCAAAGGUAUGCCAGUGGGGAAAACCAAAUUGGGCAUUUGCAGACCACUCUCAACAUCGGACAGCAAUAUAGCGUCGCCAGCGGAGGAGGCCGACUCGCCAAGCACAUAGUUUUUAAGGAACUUUUACUAUUUCAUCGCAUUUUCGCAAAUUUAAGUCACGACGCUGCCAAGCGCCCGGAUGAGUUCACUUCACAUCGCGAUUAUACGAACGAAGGCAUCUCACAUUCAAGUGGCUACGUUGCUGACUGCGAAGCGGUCCGGGCCGGUGUGCGGGCUGCAGUGUAAUGGGAUGUGUUUGGAGGUGGCAACUGGGGUUGUUGCUGCCGCCGCUGCUGACGAACGACGCGAAUCUCUGAAGUGCUGUAAAUAUUUUGUUAGCCCAAGAAAUUACUUAACAAAAUUAGUCUGUAUGUAUUUGUAAGGAUUAGUGCUAAGUAAUUAGUUGUUAGCGAACAAAAAUAAGAAAAUUUCUAAUAAAUGUGCUGUAGGUUCGCGAUAGGAGUGCAUAAACCAUACAUCAGUUGUCGAAAUAUCAGCGCAGUUGUCAUCAAAGACCAUGAAUUAAUCAAAACAUUUGGCGCUCUCUGGAAAUAAGCAUUUUUUUUUCACAAAUUAAGAAAAAAUCCUGAAAUGUCACAUUUUCUAAUCUUUCCUUUCCUUUUAUAAAAGCAUAUCAGUUUCACCAUUUUCCAACCUAACAGCCUUUCACAAAAAAAAUUGUUAUUUAACUAAGUUACUUCAAUAAGAAUAUUUUAUUGAGAAGGAAUUUAAGACUAUAAAUGAAAUGGAAGAGUUUACAAUACUAUUUUUGAAUUCGAAACUUUAAGCGACGCUAAAACCUUUUCCAUUUAAUCUUUCGGCAAAGGAAGUUUUCAAAUGUAUUUUAUGCCUUCAAAACUGUAAACUUCCUCUCCAUUGGAACAAUGUAUCUUAGCUAUCCUACCUUUUUCAAAAUCUAUCACCAACUUAUCGGAUAUUGUUCUUUUUCACGUUACUGAGCUUUAUGUUAAGAAGAGAUGGGAAGUUUAUAUCUUAAUAUUGGUAGUCGAAAAAGUCUUUUCGUAUUUCUAAUCAAAUUUCAACUUUUUUUUUAUACAAUAUUUCUAAUGAACUUUUAUGAACCAAAUAUGUAUCAUUUUGGUCAACAACUUUGUGCCAUUUUCCGCUUGAGACAUCAUUCCAUCAGCGUAAAAUUUUUCCGAUUUCUCGGCGAAAAACUGCGACAAGUAAUUUUACUCUUGAAGGCAACUUUACUCUGUUAAGGGAGUUCUGCAUUCACCCAAACAAAUAGUAGUUCGAUGGUGCAAGGUCAGAACUAUAUGGUGGAUGCAUCAAAACUUCUCAACCAAGCUCUCUCCGUUUUUGCUGAGUCAUCAAAGAUGUGUGUGGUCUAGCGUUGUUCUGAUGGAAGACGAAGUCUUUUCUGUUGAUCAGUUCUGGCCAUUUUUUUCGAUUGUCUGCUUCAAUCUCAUUAGUUGUUGACCGAAAUAUGUAGAAUCAAUUGUUCGACCAGGUUGGAGCAGCUCAUAGUGGUUGAUUCCUUUCAAAUCCCACCAAACACUCAGCAUAACCUUUAGAGGCGUCAAUCCUGGCCUAGCGACCAUUUGGUGAGCUUUACCACGCUUGAACCAUGAUUGUUUUUGCACAUUAUUGUGGUAUUUGAUCCACUUUUCGAUUUCAUUUCGUUUCAGCAAAGAAACGCAGAUGUUAAUUCGGUUCAGUAAAUUUUUCACAAACAAUUCAUGUGGUACCCAAACAGCGAGCUUCUUUUACUGGUAUCACACAAUGAUUUGGUGGCGCUAAAGAUAUACGACUGCAACGACAUUUAUUAGCAAAAUACGAAAGGACUUUUUCGACUACCCAAUAUUACCUCGUUUAAUAAAGCAGGUUAGUUGAAUUUCAAGGCUACCAAAUUCUAGACUAGUUUACAUCUACAUUAUAUCUACAAAGCCCAGUCAGAGGAGACUAGAUGACCAUUUGCUACAAUAAAAAACCCUAUUCACCGUCAAAGGUAUUCGCUAAAAUAAAGGAUUAUAAUUAAGCUUUAAAGAUCUGUGACUGAAAUAAUAGAUCCUGUUAUAAAAGAUCUGACCAAUUCUACUAUAAAUUUAUGCUAACUUAGUUCUAUCACUUUGUUGUCACUGUCACAGAAUAAUCUCACUUGCGUGAAUAUCUACACAUGACUCUAUACGAGUAGAAUAAUCCAAGAAUAAUACCAAUUUGAAAAUAUACAUAUUUUGUUGUGUUAUUUGGACAUGUAGGUCGGCAAAGAAUCGAUUAGUUGUUAAAGUCUUUAUAAUACUUACACUUUAGAGAUGAAAUAUUUAGCUAUCCGUGGAAUUCCUCAACAGUGUCUUAAAGGUACAAAGUCCUUAGACAAACUCGAAACUUCGUAAGGGUGAACUUAGAGAAAUACUACGUCAUAUUUCCCACUUCCUCAGCAAUAAUUUCAACCAUGUAUUUUCAGCGCACAUUUCUUCUUCGUAUUUCCAAACUUUUUUACCGAGCAAAGUUAACUUCAAGUCAAAGCUUUGCAAGAUGAAAUUUAAGUGACCAUCUUAAGUUAUGAAAUACUAAUUACCGAACACUCCUACAUACAUAUGUAUGCAUAUCAAAGCAUAGGAUUGCAGAUCUAACAUUAUAUAUCUUACACAUAACUGUAAAUAAUUGUUGUUGACUUUUAUAAACUUACUAUAAUUAUUUGCAUUGCUAUUUUUAUCAUCAAAAAAUACUAGAAAUGAAGCUAAACUCAUUCGCUAACUUUAGAAAAUUUUCUAACACUACAUACACACACACACACAUGAACAUUUUAGUCUAACUAAUUGCAUUGUCUUGUAGAUAACAACUGAGUAGAACUAUUCGAUUGUAAUAUAAACCAAAUUGACUCAAGCUAGCGGCCAUGAAUUAUUAAAAAGUCUAGGUAUAUAUGUAUAUUUACAAAUAUAUAUAUAGACGAUUAUAUAUAAAAGGUAAUAGAAAUAAAAUAUAAGGAAACAGCGAUGAUUUGCACAUUCGAAGCAAGGAAAUAGUGAAAUUGAAGCGGAAAUGCGUAGCAUAAUUUAAUCAUUACUACAUGAAACCAAUGCAAUACUUUAGUAACUAAUUACUCGUAGAUAAAUGAAUGGAGAGCACAAACAAAUCAAGUGUGAAAGGCACAAACAAAGCAAACUUAUGAUUAACUGUUAAAUGCGUACAUAUGAGAUCAUAUGUAGUCAACGCGAGAAGAUUAAGAUUAAGUCAAGUCGAAAAGCUCAUUUCACGAAAAAAGAAAUAAAAAUAAAAGGAAAAAUACAAAAAUAAAAUUAAAAUGAAAAUGAAAAGCGAACACAGCUAAAUCACUUUGCAUGCAUCAUACACGAACUUAAAUUAAUUCAUUCCUCCAAUAACUCCUAUUAGAAAAACAUAUGAAAAUAAUUCACUCUCAAGACAUCGCAUGAAAAUAACGUUAGCUCUAGCGAAAAUUAAAAAAAAAAAUUAAGUAAACCAAUUAUGGUGGCAAGUUAACGUCAAAUAUCUAUCUGAAAAUCAACUGAGUUGCAAGAGAAGCUUAAUAGUGAUACUAAUUUUAAAAUGUCUAAAGUUUAUUAAAUGAAAACUAAUUUAUAAAAUAAAAAUAAAAAAAUAGUUGAAUAAU